AGCGUCUUGUGCGCAUGUUUUGAUGUUCGGAUGGUGGAGAGCGGUGCAGGGCAUCAUCAUUGUAUAGGGUUGAUGUCCAGCUGGAAGAAGCGAGGAUUUGCAAAAUAAUAGCGUUCAGAGGGCGUCGAGCUUUAGAUCGGAGAUACCGACAAAUCAGGUGCCAUCAUGAGCAAAGUGCAGGGUGGGAUGAAAUGCGUGAAAUAUCUGCUUUUCGUUUUCAACUUCAUCUUCUGGCUGUCAGGCUUGUUGGUGCUGGCGGUGGGACUUUGGCUCAGGUUUGACCCAGAGACAGUGGAGCUCUUGACAGGCAAAGGAGCCCCGGACACCUUCUUCAUAGCUGUGUACAUCCUUCUUGGUGCAGGAGGGUUGAUGAUGAUCGUCGGGUUCUUUGGUUGUUUUGGGGCCGUACGUGAGUCUCAGUGUCUUCUUGCGUCGUUCUUCGCUUGCCUUCUGAUAAUCUUUGGUGCUGAGAUUGCCGCUGGUGUGUUUGGAUUCAUAAACAAGGAACAGAUUGUUGAGGAAGUGCAAAAGUUUUACAGUAGCUCCAUUUCUGACGUCAGCAAUCCAAACAGCACUGCAAUAGCUGACAUUUACCACAGAACUUUGAACUGUUGCGGAGGUUCCACGUCAGAAGUGCCUAAUGACCUGUGUGCAGACGUUGCACCAGACACCCAGGACUGUCUGUCUGCAAUAACAGACUUCUUCAAUGAAAAGCUGCAUAUCAUUGGAUACAUUGGGAUUGGUAUCGCAGGUGUAAUGAUCAUUGGAAUGAUCUUCAGUAUGGUGCUCUGUUGUGCCAUCAGGAACAGCAGGGAGGUUAUAUAGAUGGUGAGUUGACUGCCCCCCGGCCCCCAUCCACCCCACCCCACCAGCCAGACCACUACAAGCUCACUGAACCCUUCAUAAUCAACCCAUCUGCAGGAAGGGAAACACCAAAGUUACAUUUCAAUGAUAUUUCUCAUAGUCCAGAAUGAUGUGGUGGGAAUGUCUACUGGAUAUGAUAAGUAAAGAGAGUACAACACAUCCCAGUUGUCCCAAUUAUCCACGGGCCCCAUUCAACACGAUACGCUGGAUCGUUGUCUUUCACACCUUCUCCUCAACUCCACCAGCACUGAAACACUGAUUCGUUUCUCUUUUCUUUUCCCUAACACAUCCUCCCGCUUUUGGCACGACUCUGUGACAUUUAACAUCCUUUUGUUACACUGCACUGUAGCUCCAACACAGUACAUGAAGCCUUCUUUGACACAGGAAUGUUGUGACUGAGGAGUAUUUUCUGUAAAUAUGGACACCUAUUUUAUGCAUCUGCUGUUAACAUUUAUUUAUUGUGUGCUCGUUGUAGCCCUUUUUAAGGAAUUUAAAGGCCUAAUGCCAAACAAAUACUUUGCGUGCUUAAAUGUUUUGAGGACUAGCCUACCUGUGCAGUGCGUAAAUUUCCUCUAUGUGCCUACUUAAUAACACAUACAAGCCUCCAGCUUCUGUACUAUUUACCUAUCCCUUUGUGCGGGUGUACAUAAAGACUGUGCUUGCUCCCUGCCACCACUCUAAAAGUAUUGCUACUUUAAAGCACAAUAGGGGAAGUGUAGAUGUGAUAUCAACCCAAAGGGUUAGGAAGGUCUGAUGAUGAUAAUCCAACUCUGUAAAUUUCCAAAUUCAUGUCAGAGAUAAUGAGUGACACCACAUCCUUAGCUCUUCUGGAGCACGUGUGAACUUAACAGUGAGCUAAUGUGCAUUUUGUGUGAAUUUUUGUGGAUGCAAAUCUUGUUGGUGUGCCAAUGGGAUGUAAAUUAUAGAAUAAUAUAGCUUAUGUCAUACUGUUAAACAUAAUUAAAAAACAACUCUGGGUGCUUUUAUUGAUAUGUUUGGCUGUUUUCUGUUUCCCGCUUUUGAAGUGUCUGAAUCGCAAAGUGUGCUUUUGGUAAGGUGUCAGAGGUAACAGACAGCACAGCAGUGCUGUUUCAUGAAUGCAAAUUUUGUGGUUGGUGAGCUUCCUGAACACGUCAGCGCUGUGUAGGCUUCAGGACAAGAAAUGGCAGCCAUGUUGAAUGGCAGCACAAUGCUAAACCAGAGUUAAGUAGUGCUUGCAAAUGCAGGAAAUUAAAUUCUAUUUAUGCGAUCAGGAAGGGCCCAGUAACUCAGGAUUCUUUAAACAUUGUGGCAUUGGUUUGAGAGGUGGAUCCUGUGUUAAGAUUUUUUUUUUCAUCAAGUGUCUUCUGCUCAAGGUCAACAAUGAACCUUUUAAAGGUCAAAUAUUACAGACUUCAGUAUGCAAUUCAAUAUGCAACUCUCCAAACGUAAUUUCUACAUAAGUACACUAACCAUAAUGAAAUUUUUACAUUGCUUACUAAACAUAUAGAGCAUAAUGCUGACUGACAUCGUGGUCCUUUGCCAUUUCUUUUCCAUUACACGUUAAAUGUUUUGUUCGAGCCUGUUAACAGGGGCUGCACUGUCAUCUUACCUACAGUUUAAGGUUCAAACAAAGUGUCUGACAAAACGGCAUAAUUGUUUAUAUAUGUAACAUAGUUCACAAUGUGUAGAUGUUGAUUAUGACUCCCUUUGUAGUUGUUUAAUAAAGAAAACUUCAU